AUGCCGAGCCGCCUUUCCAUCUGCCCCAUCUGCGAAACCACCACCGUUGUAAUUUGGUGCAACGACUUCAUCCCCAGCAUGAGCAUCAAUGCGCAGUAUCUGAACCAAGCCGCCGUCCACUGGACAUGCCUUACCUGUCUCAAUCACUACCGCUCUGACGGAUUGGGCAACACCUGUCCGAAUCUCAACUGCCCAGGCCGGGAGCGGACCUGUACAGGCCAGGUGAGCAAGUGGACUUGGAAAGACGGCGCCGGGGUUUACUGGUUCUCUGAGUUUUACAACACGUUGUGA